GGAGACAGAACGCUGAUACAGUGUGUCUACAACACAGAAGACAGAACCGAAAUGACAUACGCCGGGUUGAGCACGAGAGAAGAGAUGUGCAUAGCGUUUAUCGUGUAUUAUCCCAAGAUAUCUCUGAGCUACUGUACAACUCAGCCCACUGCACAGUUCAAUAUUGCCUUCAGGGGCGCUACAGCUGAUCACCAGGUGAGCCCUAAUAUCCUCACCCCACCCGAGUACAAAGGAAAGAACUGGAAGGAUUUCUUUGAGAACGCCAUUAACUGGUCAGAUCCAAAGGUUAGAAAAGACUUCCAGGAGUAUUCCCUGCUCAAGGAUUAUCCUGUUCACUUCGCUCUGUGUUUUGAUGGCACCAAAUCCUACCCGGCAAAUUUCAAGGUGACGAGCAUACCAAGCAUCAGAUAUCCUCUUGAGGAGAAGUCGAUGUGUGGUAAUGUGAUAGCGGAUGGAGCACAGAUGGCAGUCAGCUCUGUGACUCUCUUUCUGAUCACCACCCUUGUCACGGUGAUCGUUUGAAACUAUAGGACUAUGUGAACUGGCUAUCACACACACGCCAAGAGAGUUCUAUAAACCCAGAGGUGUUUUGUAGAUUACAACAUAGCUGAACUCAAAGUGGGAGACUUUAGAGUUGCAAGAGGCAUGUGUGUGGUCAUAUAGAGCUAUUGUAAAUGUACAAUGAAGCUGAAGUUAAUUACUGACAUUGAAAAUUCAUUUUACUUCUGUUUCUAAUUAUUAUUACAUCUAAUAUGUCUAUUACAAAUGUCUGCUGAUAUAUAUUUUCCACAAGAACGACUCUCCUGCCACUGAACGUGAUACUUUUUACAAUAUAUUUUUUGGAAUAAAAAUUUUCUAUUUU